CCGGAAACCUCAGUUACUCGACUGCGAAGGUGUCGAAUCCUCUAAAAGACAGCGUACACGCCAGACAUUUGCUGCAGACCGCGUCUCGGACAUUCCCGAUAUACACACACAUACUGCUCGCUGCCGCCGACCAACCGCGACAUCACUACUGCUACCUACGGCCACAGCCUUGCGACGCCUGUUUAACGAUUGCAGUGCUCUCGUCCUCCAACAAUACAGUAAAACACGCCAGUCGAGCUCCGAAAUGUUUCGAUAGUCGAUCAGCAUACCGGUGCUGCAAAUUGUAGCUGCGACUAUAUACUCUUUUGCUGCCGACAACGGCCUGGGGCUGGGUCCCAGCUUGUCUCUUGAUUCGACUCCAGCGAGCCAACAAGCCACCUACCCUCGCUCGUCGAACUCGCUCGAGAGGCCGACGAGCGUGGCGUAUAUCCAUCUUGGUCGACCAAAAUGACUCUUUAUUCAGAUCCCCCGUCGUUGCGGCCCUUCAAGUACGACAAGCCAACGCUGCUUGUCUGCUGGUGGGCCACCUCCUUCUGCACCGUCAUGAUCUUUUUGCGCGUGGCCGGCCGCUUUAUUCGAACCGAACGACUUUUCCGCGAAGAUAAAAUCGCUGCACUGGCUCUUGUGCCUUUGCUGCUACGAAUGGCCUGUGUGCACUUCAUUCUGCUCAACGGCACUAACAACAGCGACUUCACCGGCACUAUGCUUACGGAUGAUGAGAUUCACUAUAAAUCCGUCGCUAGUGGCUUGGUGCUUGUCAGCAGAAUACUUUAUGCUGCGACUUUAUGGACUCUCAAAGGCGCCAUACUGGAAUUCCUGCGCAGACUGACGGAUCUGACGUGGGAAAAGGCACACCAAACAACGCUUGUUGCCAUCCGAUGGAUCCUUGUGUCAACAUUUAUUGCCGUUAUUAUAAGUGACCUGGUCGAAUGUCAUACAUUCCAUCAUUAUUGGCAGGUAUUGCCAGAUCCUGGGCCCCAGUGCCGGCAGGGCUAUACCCAACUCAUCACCAUGGCUGUCUGCAAUGUCUUUACCGAUAUUCUUCUAGUCGUCUUUCCGAUUCCUAUUAUUUUAAAAAGUCGCAUGACUCUCACCAGAAAAGUUCAGCUUGUUCUGCUCUUUUCACUGAGUUUAGCAGUUGUCGUUGUCACUCUUUACCGUGUUCCUCACAUUAUUGAAAACCAGGGCAGGCAACAAUAUCGAUCACUUUUGGCCUCUAUUGAGCUUCUAUUUGCUACAGCAGCAGCCAAUGCACUGGUUCUCGGAUCGUUUGUCAGAGACAGAGGCGUUAAGAAGCAGAAAUUCAAGCGUUCCUCCGCCGCGGACUCGUUCGAUAGAGGUGCCAGCAACACGCGUCGACCAACGCUGCACCAGCACUGGGGUAGUGAUGAGGAUCUUGUUCGCGAUGUCGGGUUGAUGGUCGAACCAGAGCUUCGCAAAAAGACCUCAGAUGAUUCUCCAGGAAACUAUUAUCCAGCACCCAUUUUCAAACAGACAGUGGACGAAGAUGGGGUAUGGAACGCCCCAAAACAACCACCAGGCAGCUCGCAGACAAACGACGACUCGAUAGGGCCGUUUGAUUCGCUGUCCAAGAUGGAAUCCAACUCGGCUCAGAGAAAACUCUCCUUCUUCGAUGUCGGUGGCCUUUUGGACGAUCCAGUUGGCACAAGCAGCGCUAGCUAUCGUCGCGGAAGUGUCACAUCAUCAACACUUGACCCCAAUUCAACCAACUCUUCACCGCCCGCAGCAAUAAGAGCUGCUUCAAAUGGUCUACGAAGAGGUUCCGCAGCCCUUUUACAAGAUAUUGGUGGUCUUCUUGGCCCCCGCACAUCGAGGGCUAAAACCAAACCUGAAACAGAGCUUCAAGAGUUCUCGAAAACCAAAUAAGACCAAAAAAAACUUAUAAACAGCUUGGGGAUAUAACCCCGGCCCGCUUUUGCGAGCGGUUAGACAUUCACGCUGCAUGAAGCAAUGAAACACGUGCAGCAUUGAGAUGCCAUAUAUUGGGAGGUUAAACAGGACUUACAUUCCGGCAUAGUUUUCCUUUUCCUUUUUUCUUUUCCUUUUUUACACGGCGCAUAAGAUACCACGGGAACAGGAUUGUUGUUUAGCAAGGCGUGGAGUUUACCUUUGGACGCAUAUGAGCCAUGGCUGGCCCUGUUUUACAUUUUGGACUAUUGGACUACAUAUACCCAACCAGCAAGUUUGUUGAUAGCCAGCAAAUAAAUUUCUAGAAACAUGCCUUAAUUGCAAUUGUUCACAUUUUCCAUGUACCACGUCAGAGUACCCAAAAAUCUGGUCAUAAGAAAACGAUGAGACGGCCCAGGUGUAUGAGUUUAAGUUCUUGUAUGCAAAUUUGUUCAAUAUACUAUCGAUUUUGUUAUGAAAAUCGCGCUUUAGUUUCAAGAGAAUUCUCCAAAUAACGCCAACCUUUUACACAAGUUCACCCUUUAAAAUGCAAAACUUGAUCUGAUCAUGCUUUUGCCUUCCAGCCAUGCUUCCUCCCAAGCCACCGGAUUGCGUUUAGACGCAAAGGCGGUAGCUGGCGUAACGACCAGCCGUUUCACUAACUCGAAUAAUCUUGACGAUCUGCCCUCUCUUCAGGCCAAGAUAUCUUGCAACUGGAUCUUUUUGUAGGAUACGGGGGAGUUGGGUCUCCUUGAGGCGGUAGCGCUUCAGCAGCGCAAUCUUCUCCUCGCGGGAGAGAAGGAUGUGACGGGGCACAAGCUCGUGGUGAGUAAUGUUGACAAGAAGGUCGUCCUCGAGGAAGCAUUCGAUCUUGGCGAGGUUCUCGACGCUGGCAAGCGAUUUGCGAGCGGCCGGGGAAAGGGCCACGUGGGUGACCAUAAUACCGGUCUUGUAGUGGUUUGUGAUGGUGUACUUGGCGAAUUGGCGAAUCUGGGCGACACCAAACUGCUUGUCGGCCAGAAACUCAACCCAGAUGGGGCCGCAGUCAGGGACGGGAUCGGGGU